AAAAUUCUGAUUAUGACUCAAUUAUGAUUUUCUCAAGAGUUCCUAUUUUUCUUCAAAGAUAAUUAUAAAUUCACAAUAAACCAGUUUUCAAGUGUUUUUCGAAUCUUAGGAAUGAGAUUAAAUAUUUAGAUUUUCAACGGCGUCCUACUAACCUGCUGCGCGAUAACUAUCACCCAUUGAUGCACGCAAGGAAUCUCAUUUUUUUGGUCCACAUUGAUGCAUGCUUUUGUCAUCUGCAUGCGUCUCACGGGCCGAUUGAUAAGCAUAGCCAUAAAUAUUGAACACGACACGGCGGCGACGCUCAAAGUGCUAAUGUCACCAUGGCGAUAACAUCGGCGGUCAUCAUUUCUAUUGUCACUGUACAGCACAUUUUUCUCUCAACGUCGGUGCAUCCUGUUGCUGGUUUCGUCCUGCAAGAUCAAAAUGUGAUUGGUCUUGAACACAAAAGUUGGAUGAAAUUCUAUGGCGAAGCACUUCCUUCCGUGAAGUGGAAUGUAGACGUGACGAGACCCUCCGCAGAUGAAGACAUUGAUGGAACCGACGAGGGCCUUUACAACGCCGGUCUGUUUGAGGGCGACAUUCAACUGCCCACAGGCCGCAACGCAAUCAGAGAUGACCUCCUGCUGUGGCCACUGGCGGCCGUUCCGUACACAGUCGACGACAGCGUUGGUUGUCCUGAUUCUUGGCGUUGCGCAAUUCUAAUGGAAGCGAUGGAGCACUACCACCAGAUCAGUUGUGUCCGUUUCAAAGAGUGGAGCGGUGAGCCAAGCAAAAUUCACAUAUUCGUAAACCCGAUAAGUAGUGCCUGUUGGUCCCCAGUGGGUCGGUCGGGCACCGAGUCGCAGGAGUUGUCCCUGGGGUUAGACUGUUGGUACAAGGGCAUAGUCCUUCACGAGCUGCUGCACGCCAUUGGCUUUUGGCACGAAAUGAAUCGACCCGAUCGUGACGACUGGAUCCACGUCUAUUGGAGCAACAUUUUGCAGGGGUAUUCGAGUGCCUUUUACAAACAAGAUGCGUACCAGGUUGACACUCUAGGCGAGACGUUUGACUACCGAUCUGUCAUGAUGUACGACGAGUACGCUUUCUCCAAGGACGGAGUGUCUGAGACCCUGAGGGCCACACAUCCUGAAGUUGUAAUCGGACCCAUCUGGAAAAAAACUGAGCUGAGUGAGAGCGACAAGCGCCGGCUUCUCCGGCUCUACUCCUGCAACGGCAACCAAGAUUUAGUUGGAUUUCCUCAAGCGGAAAUAUGCACUUUUGACACGGACGUGUGUGGAUUUCUCAACGCCGGCGACUCGAUUUGGAGGUGGCAAAGAGUGCAGUCGACAGGAUUCCUCUACACAGACGUAGAUAACUGGAGUGGAUCUCCAGCCGUGUUGCAUUCAAUUGGUUUCCACCCAAAAAAAUCUCAAGAAUCAACAUUGGGAUGCUUGAGAUUUUCAUACUACAUUGAAAAUGUGAACUCAAAACUUAAGGUCAGGAUAGUUUAUUUGAAAACCGUAACGCAGCAGCAUUUCGAAGAGGGCAAACUCCAAGAUCUAUGGUCAAAUAAUAGCUAUGCCAAGUGGACCACAGCUGAAGUUUCCGUACAUGUCAAUCAACCCUUUAAGCUAAUUUUUGAAUCUGAUUUUGUUAAAAAUACGAGACACGGAAGCGUGGCCUUGGACAAUUUCAACUUCCAAUAUCACUCAUGCCAAUAGUAAUUGAUCUGUAACUAUCUCAAGUCACUAAAUUAAAGCCUAAUUUAUCUACAUCUUAUUUGAAUUGAUUUGAGUGGGGUUUGAUUAAAGGAAAUGCUAGUAAAAAACUGCGUUAUUAUGCAUGAUUUUGCGGCAUUUAAUACAAUUAAAAAGUACCUUGAAUGUGCACUCAAAAAUAAUAAAAUU